AUGCCUCCAAGAAGGAAUACUCGCAGCACGAGAGAAAAUCCUGAAAGCCAAACACCUGAUAUAGCACAGUUGAUAGCUCAGCAAAUUCGAGAGGCAGUACCAACUAUUGUUGCUCAGGUCACAGCAGGUAUUAACGCAAAUCAAAGGAGUGAAGGAGGCCCUAGUACCGAGAAUCCUGUCAGAGAGGAGAACCGUAACACCGAUGAUAGAGGAUGCAGUUACAAGACAUUCAUGUCUUGCAAUCCCAAGGAGUUCUAUGGUAAAAAAGGUGCAAUUGGAUUAUUAUCAUGGAUUGAGAGCAUGGAGUCGGUACUCCAUAUUAGCAAAUGUUACAAAGACUAUAAGGUGGAGUAUGCAACAUGCCAACUCCAGGGAAGAGCCCUAACUUGGUGGAACAUACAAGUUCAAACUCGUGGUCGUCAAGCUGCCUAUGAAUUAUCAUGGGAAGAACUCAADAAGUUWCUCAWCGAAGAGUAUUGUUCUAAGAGCGAAAUUCAGAAAUUGGAAGUCGAAUUCUGGAAUCACACCAUGAUUGGAAUGGAGAUAGACAAAUACACAGCCCGUUCUCAUGAGCUUGCAAAGUUAGUACCUCAUAUGGUCAAUCCAGAGGAAAAACGAAUUGAUCGGUAUAUUUGGGGAUUGGCACCUGAAAUCCGAGGGAUGGUCACGUCGGCAAACCCAACCACUAUACAAAACGCGAUGGUUUUGGCAAACCGUCUGACAAAUAAUGCAGUUAGAUCAGGGAUUUUAAAGCAAGACAAAUUUGGUGGAAAGAGGAAACUAGAGGAGCAAUCGUGGAAAAGGACCAAUAACAAUUUAGGCAAGAGCCAAAAAGUGGUGAAGAAUUUUGGAGUAAAGGCUCAGGAACCAAAGCUGUGUAGUCGGCCACUUCCGAAAUGCAGCAAAUGUAAUUAUUACCAUGUAGGGGCCUGUCCCACAUGUGGCAAAUGUAAUCGGUUGGGUCAUAUUUCCAAGUUCUGUAGAGAGGAAAAGGAAAUCAAGGAUGGAAUAAGGGCAUGCUAUGAGUGUGGAAGUCAGGAUCACUUCAGGAAUAAGUGCCCAAGGAUGAUUAGACGAUCGAGCAUCCACAAUGCCGGGAACCAGGAAAGGCAAACAAGUCAGGGAAAUCAAGGAGGCCAUGCUCGGGGAAGGGCAUUUGCAAUAGGAGCCGAAGAGGCACGUUAA